AUUGAGACAGAGGACCAUAUUGGAGCUACUUGUACUUCUUUUUGUCACAUCCAACCAUGCAGUACAGCUAUCUCCUUGGGCUGGCCACCACUUUGGUUGUUGUAUGGCUAUCCACCGGAGUUACAGACGCGGCUAUUGGACAAUGGCCUCUGAACGGCGGCCCAUGCCCCUAUGACGAAAGCGACGUCGACAUUUGCGGACUCGGGUGUUGGUGUGAGAACGACUACUCUUACUGCUCAUCACCCCCUGCGUGUUUUGACUCGUCAUGUUACCGCUGCUGGCCUGAACUGAAUGACUUCUGCUGUAUGAAGGAGUGGAGCGGCAUGACCUGCGGGUUUGUGGGGUUUGUGGUGGGGAGCAGUCCUAACAAGGUACUCUGUCCGCUCGACAUGGACGCGCCCGGGAUCGUAGCGGCCGGACCCCUGACCCUGCCUACAGGGAAAUAGAACGAGAUCUCUAAAUCUAACGAGGUCUCUCUAUUUUUACGCGCCAGCCUUGGCUAAUAGAAUCAAGAGAUCGAUAGAGAAAAAUAAAACGAGAAAUCGGAA